AUGAACUGGGGGGUGUUCGAAGGGCUGCUCAGCGGGGUCAACAAGUACUCCACAGCCUUCGGCCGCAUCUGGCUCUCCCUCGUCUUCAUCUUCCGCCUGCUGGUCUACGUGGUGGCAGCCGAGCGGGUCUGGAGUGAUGACCACAAGGACUUUGACUGCAACACGCGGCAGCCAGGCUGCAGGAAUGUCUGCUUUGACCACUUCUUCCCCGUCUCCCACAUCCGCCUCUGGGCCCUGCAGCUCAUCCUGGUGACCUGUCCAUCCCUCCUGGUCAUCAUGCACGUGGCCUACCGGGAGGCCAAGGAGCAGAGGCACCGUGCCGCUGGUGGGGAUGACUGCCGCUGCAUCUACCCCAACCCCGGCAAGAAGCGGGGCGGGCUGUGGUGGACCUACCUGCUGAGCCUCAUCUUCAAGGCUGGCGUGGACGUGGUCUUCCUCUACAUCUUCUACCGCUUCUACAGGAACUACACCCUGCCCCGGGUGGUGAAGUGCGAGCUGCCCCCCUGCCCCAAUGUGGUGGACUGCUUCAUCUCCCGGCCCACCGAGAAGAACAUCUUCACCCUCUUCAUGGUGGUCACCGCUUGCGUCUGUGUCAUGCUGAGCCUCAUUGAGGCCGCCUACCUGAUCGGCAAGCGGUGCCGCGAGUGCCUCCUGGCCAGCAGUGGGGAGAGCCAUUGGCACAGCCAGGACUGCACAUUCUCCUGCGCAGAGCCCGCGGGCACAGGGGGCCAGGUUUUCCACGGGGUGGACUACAAACCCCCCACAGCCUCCAUCCCCCCCACAGCCUCCAGUCCCAGCACACUGCCCGAGGAGGAGGAGGCUCUUCCCUAG